UUUUAUUUUAUUUAUUUUUUUUUUUUGUUAUUUUUCAACAAUAAUGACCAACAUUAAUACUAUUCAUAUCCAAUAUAACAAAGCUUUAAGAUACUUUUUAUUAACAAAAUAUACUCAAGCAGCAACUACUUGUGUAAAAGCAUUAAGUCAAUUACCAAUACAAUCAAUAGAACAACCAGACGAUACUCUCUCUACUUUACGUUUACAAUUAUGGUUGCUUUAUCUUAAUAUUGUUUCUACUACUUUUACAACUUCCAAUACUCUUACACCAAGACUUAUUAAACAAUUUGGUUUACCUUCAACUUCAAGUAAUUCAAUGGAACACUUUUGUUUAGCUAUUUGGAAUCAACUUGUAAAAGAUGCUGGUCAAGGUAUUCCUGGUUAUUGCGAUUCUCGAUUAGUUUGCGCUUAUCUUAUCAUGACACUCAAAUUAUCUAUACCUACUGUGGGACGACAGGCAGCUGAACAAUGGUUUGCUACUUUAUCAGAACAGAUUGCAGAUCAUUUGUCAAAUAUUCAAGAUCAAGUCGAUUGGGAAAAGGAUACUAUUUGGACAUCUUACUUGGAAUUAGUGGAUGUAUAUACCACUCAAAUUUUACCUCGAUCUGAUGAUUUGGAUUCUGCUCAAUCAUUUGUGGAAUAUAAUUCAUUUUUGACAGAUGAAAAGAAAGAGUCAUUAAUGAACCAUAUUCAAAGCAUAAAAGAUCUUCAACAACAACAACUUGAAAAGAAGAAACAAUUGGAACAACAACAAAAAGAAGCAGCAGCAGCAGCCAAACAAGUCGCUUUAGAAAAGGAACGACAACAACAAGCUGAACGAGAAUUACAAGAAAAAAAGAAAAAGGAAGCAGCGAUCGCAAAACAGCAACAACAACGACAACAGCAACUAAAACAAAAAAAACAAGGACAACAAUCCCAGAUGAAUGAAACAUCUCCGUCGAUCUCAUCACUCCAUUCACCAUCUCCAACAUCACAAAUGACUAAAAAACAAAAAUCAAAAACAUUAUCAGAUCAAAGCCUCACACUCAUCAAAACUUGGGUUCAGCAAAUGAGGGCUACAGGAUCAGCAGCUUCUGUGGCGUUACUAGUGAUAUUCUUUGCUAUACUUGGAUUAUUGAAAGGACCUCGGGGACAAUUGACACGUGCUUUACGAACUAUACUGACAAAGUUAUGGCAAACUGCAAAGAUGGGUACCAAGGUGACAUAUAUGUGAAUCAACUUCGUUUUUAGUAACUUAUUACCCCCCCUCCUUCCUUUACAUAUAUCAUAGAUAAUUUUGUAGUUUAUUAUUAUAUACAUAUAUAGUAUAAUUAUGAUGCACAAAAAUGAAACAAUUGAACAAUCUUUUUAUCGAAAUAAAAAAAAAAAAACAAGUUUACAUUGUCUUUA